GGAGGCAACACAGCAGCAGAGAUAAAAGUCUUCCGAGUCAGAAAUCCAAGACACGUUGAAGUCCAUUCUAAGUGGUUGGCCACCUUUGGAGAAUUUACUCUUCAGAUCCAGGGGAUCAGCCACAAUGAAAAGCAUUGAGAUAAUCUGUUGCCUUUUCGUCGUCAUCUUUGCUUUAGCAGUCGCUCAUCCGCUGCCAGACAAUGUUUUGGCACAGCUAGAAGCAAAGGAGGAUCCCACAGCGCCAGAACUCCCGCUAAAGGAUCCCUCAGCGCCAGAACUCCCGCUAAAGGAUCCCUCAAGGCCAGCACUCCUGCUAAAGGAGCCCACAGCGCCAGCACUCGCGCUAAAGGAUCCCUCAAGGCCAGCACUCCUGCUAAAGGAGCCCACAGCGCCAGCACUCGCGCUAAAGGAGCCCUCAAGGCCAGCACUCUUGCUAAAGGAUCCCUCAGCGCCAGCACUCCUGCUAAAGGAGCCCACAGCGCCAGCACUCGCGCUAAAGGAGCCCUCAAGGCCAGCACUCUUGCUAAAGGAGCCCUCAGCACCAACACUCGCGCUAAAGGAGCCCUCAGCACCAACACUUAAGGAUGCCACAGCACCAGCUGAUCCACAGACGCUCAACGCAGAUGAUAAUGCUUCUUCUUCUUCUUCUUCUUCUUCUAUGAGCCAGAAUGAUCUCCAGGAACAGCAGGUAGAAGCAAUACUUUUCACAGCAUUAAGCACUAAAGCAGAGGUGGCGAACGAUGGCCCCUAUAUAACUUGUGGGCUUCAAUUCCCAGAGUGA